UUUGUGGUAAACAAUGUCUUUGUACUUUGAUAUACGAGUGCAAAAUCCAGAAAGUGCUUCAAUAAGCACCCUUGCAACUUGGCACAAUAACUAUCCCUUAUUAGCUGUCGCUGCGUAUUCUCAAGACAAGGGUGGCUUCGUAACCAUCUACGAUGAUCAAGGUGAACCGGUGCAGGACGUUGAAUCACCGGGACACGCAGUGGCACAAGUCACCGCUCUUGGAUGGCAUCCUGAGAAGACGUGGCUGGCGGCAGGAUGGGAGAACGGAGAGUUACGCGUGUGGCCAGGGGACACUGGAAUUCAGGAAUUCAAUGUAAUAGUGACCCCUCAUCGAGAUUCCAUAACAAUUCUGCAGUGGAGUCAGUACGGCGGUCGAUUAGUAUCUGCAGAUACUGGUGGAUCUAUAGUCGGAUGGAAGAUAGACUCCAGAGGACAGCUGUUCAUGACGUUUCAUCACGAGCUAAAGGAGUCUUUUACGCAAAUUGCGUUCAGAACAAUUCCGCUAAAACCAGCUGUUGACAUUAGUGGUUUGGCAAAGGCAGCAGUUGCUGGUGAUGAGAGAGCCUUGGACUUGUUCAGUUCUUGGCGUCCAAGAACUGCUGCACCAACAGCCGUUCCAACACAGCGCGACAAUCAUUCAUUUUACAUCAGUACCACAAAUGGUAUCAUAUACUUUGUCGACGCUCAAGGACAGUGCAAGGAAGUUCUUAGUACUGAUGGCGCAGCGUUGCACUGUCUACUGUAUCAUCAGACCAGAGACUCUAUCAUUGUUAUGACCGAGGGAUUGAAUAUUGGGCACUUUCAAGUAGAUUCAAUCACCGGAGAGCUCACUGAACUGACAAAGGUAAAACUAAGUGGCAGAAGCGAUGCUUCACGCACCACUGGUACCACCUUGUGUUGGAUUAGUGGAAACACGUUGGCUGUGCUGACAGGAGAGCUUGCUGUACGAUGCUGGGAUCUUCACACAGGCGAUACAUACGUCCUGGCACCUCCAGAUUCAUCCAAUGGAAACGUCGCCACUCCUCAGGAAAUGUGUACCAGCUUGGCAUUUUGCAAAGCAAAUGAUACGCUGGCCGCCGGCACCAAUUUGGGUACAAUCUACCUAUGGAAACGUAAGUGUGUGUCCGAUUGCGAUGAGAAUGCCUGGCCGAGUGUCCCAGAAUCCUGCGCGAUUCACGGCACAGUGAAGCAACUGACAUGGGGCGUCAGUUUAUCACGGAAUUCUCUCCUGGCUGUUAACUGUAUCACUAAUGUGUUCAUCUUGCAUCAGCAACCGAUGUGUGCCGUGUACAAUGAUGGUGUUUGCGCGAGCCAGCUUACCCCGACGCAGAUUCUACUCGAGAUGGAUGGACAGAUGUAUACGCUAAAAACGGAGAUCCAGGUGCAGGUCGUCGCUGUAUCGAGGGAAUACAUCACCGUCUCUUCCGGCAGACAGAUCGUCGUCAACUGUAUAAACAAAGGUGCUAAUCUUAAUACGAAUGUAUUGACGACCUUCAGCUGCGAUACGGAAAAGAUGUUGAUCUAUGAGCACACAUUAAUCGUGCUGACCCCAACGAUCAUUCAGCUGAGAUCUAUUGAAGGCUCCGUCAUUCAGACGCUUCCCACUUUGCCAGAGGAGGGCGAGCCGAUCACGAUGGAACUCACAGGGCAUUAUUUAACUGUAGCAUCAUUGAACGGCAUCCUAAAGAUUUGGAAUCUGGGCAAACACGAGGCUAAGCUACACACCCGCGCCAUGGCAACGUACGAGGCCAUUAGCGAUUUUGCCGAAAUCAUUGAGGCCAGAUGUAAUUCGGAUUGUCGUUGCGUUUCGAUCACUGUUGCUAUGGCAAAUCUCAUGCCUAGUUCAGUUCUAUAUAUCUGGGACAUCGAAAGCGAUCAAAUUCAUGAAUUUGAUUUCGGCGAGUCAAACGACAUCGUUGAUGACGACUCCAUAUUAGUUGCACAGUGCAAAGGAAGAUUGGUCACAGCUCAUUGUUGGGACGUGGAGGAUCCCAGGCUGCUGGUAUGUCGAGCUCAAAGAUUGGAAAGCCGCGAUUCUAAGAGCUUUAAUAAGGACAAUGAUCAGAUUGCACAAGCGUCUGUAGUACUAGUAUCGUUAUUCGCGACAUCGGAUCAUGGUAUCGUUGUACAGGAUGUAAAACCGAUCACUGAUGAGAAUUGUCGAUUGUUAGGUGUACACUCACCACAUAUCAUUAUCCUAAAUUCCGAAAAGAGCUUGAAUAGAAGCAGCAAGAUUAUGCAAUUAUUAAUGAGAGACUUUGAGGAACUGGGAGAGUGCGAUUCCAUCACCAAGAAAGCGGUGAUGGACUUUAGUUAUCAUAUUAGUGUGGCGAAUAUGGAGGAGGCCUUUAAAGCUAUUAAAUCUAUAAAGAACGAAGCUGUCUGGAAGAGUCUGGCCAAGAUGUGCGUGAAAACGAAGCAACUAAACAUGGCUCUUCUUUGCCUUGGUCACAUGAAGCAAGCUAAUGCUGCGCGGGCUCUACGUGAAGCAAUGCAAGAUGAUACUUUAAGUUUGGAAGCGCAAGUAGGAAUUUUGGCCGUCGAACUCGGCCUUCAUAUUGAUGCCGAACAACUAUUUCGAGAAGCGAAGCGUCUGGAUUUGUUGGGACGGCUAUACGAAGCACAAAAUAAGUUCAAAGAGGCGAUCGAAUUAGCUAGUAAUGAAAACAAGAUCCGCGAAAAAACAAGUUACUAUAAUUACGCUCGCGCAUUGGAGCAGCAGAGUAAAGUGGCGGAAGCUAUCGAUAUGUACACGAAAGCCGAUUGCCAUCGAUUUGAAGUGCCUAGAAUGCUUUUGAUGAGACCUCGAGAGUUGAUCACAUACCUGAAUAAUUCCGAAGAACCAGAGAUUAAAAAUUGGCAUGCCCAAUAUACCGAGUCGACUGGCGAUAUGGAGACCGCCUUGCAACUUUACGAGCAAGCGAAGGAUACUUUGUCGAUGACAAGGCUGCUCUGUUACUUCGGCAGGGAGGAUGAAGUGUGUGAGCUAGUGACUAGAACAAAUCACGCUGCGGCGGCAUACCAUCUUGCUGCACACUAUGAAUCGAAGAAUAACGUGGUACAGGCGAUUCAUUUCUAUACGGUCGCUAAAGCUUACACCAAUGCAAUACGGCUAUGCAAGGAGCACGACAUGCUAGAGGAACUAUGGCCACUGGCUAUAUUGGCGCCACGGCACUCACAGAUAGACGUCGCAAAGUUUUACGAGGACAGCGAUCAACCGGAUCGUGCGGUAUUACUGUAUCAUAAAGCUAGUCUUCUGCAUAAAGCUUUAGACGUCGCGUUCAGAACGCGGCAGUACAGCGCGCUGCAGCUAAUUAUCAUGGACGUAAAUGCGGAUUCCGAUCCGGCGUUAAUCCACAAGUGCGCCGAUUACUUCAUGCAGAACGAUCAGAUUGAUAAGGCGGUGGAUCUACUUGCAACCGGUAGGGACUACAUGGCGGCCUUGGAUCUGAUUCAGCAACAUAACGUCGUGUUAAGCGAAGAGCUCGCGGAGAAGCUAACGGUUGAGAAGGGAAACGGUAACGACGCGGAUCACGAGCGUAUGAGAAUUUCCACGCUCGAAAAGAUUGCGGAGAUCGCCUUCGAUCAGGGGAAUUACCAUCUCGCGACUAAGAAAUUUACGCAAGCUGGCAACAAGCUACGCGCCAUGAAGGCGUUACUCAAGUCCGGAGACACGGAGAAGAUCUGCUUUUUCGCGCAGGUCUCCAGGAACCGUGAGAUCUACAUCAUGGCGGGCAAUUAUUUGCAAUCUCUAGAUUGGCAAAAUCAACCGGAGGUUCUAAAAAACAUAAUCAAUUUCUACUCCAAGGGCAAAGCCAUGGAUUUGUUGGCAAACUUUUAUGUGGCUUGCGCACAAGUGGAAAUCGACGAGUUUCAGAAUUAUGAGAAAGCGCUGGACGCACUGAAUCAAGCAAACAGGUGUCUGUCCAAGGUGGUGACGCCGCGAGAUCCGGAUGUACACAAGCGAGCGGUGGAGCUGGUGAACAAUAGAAUGUCGGCGAUUAAACGCUAUUUGGACAUUAAGAGAUUAUUCGAUAGAGGUGAAACAGAGACGGCGAUGCAACAAGUUCGUCAUUUGCUGGACUCUCAAGGACCCAAUCUGGAACAAUCGGUGCGUCGCGGCGAUCUAUUUGCAACAAUCACACAGCAUUAUGCCAAUAUAGGGGAUAAUGAGAAAGCUUGGGAAACCAUCGAAGAACUAAAACGUCUAGUGCCAGGAAUCAAUUUGACUUACUACUUUAAUAUAAAUCUUCUGGAAACAUUGGGUUAUAAAAUGAAGAUACAGCGACAAGACAGUUCCGACAAGGAUGAUGGAAUCGAAGAGCUCCUGGGAGAAAAGCAUUCUUAUUGGUGCUUUGUAAUGGAUGAAACCGAAAUACAAACAACAAUCUUAUUUUUUGCAAAAGCACGUGAAUUAACUGGAUGUAAGGAAUGUAAGCUUGAUAUACCAAGAAAAUUGUCUUCUAUUGAUCUUUUUGAUAAGAUCGUCCACACUUUUGAAUUAGAAAGUAUACGUAAUCAAAUAAUACUAGCUGUGAAUGAUGAAUUUGUUGUUCCAAGUAGCAUUCUUCUUGAAUUAUCAGUGAAGGAUAAAAUUGCAAUCAUUCCACCACUUAGUGGAGGAUAAUAUGGAGAUAUCAAAGAAUUUUGUCAAGUUGCAGCAAGAGGAAUUAAAUGUUGCAGAAAUCAUAGAGCUGGUGACUUUUCCUAAUUGUG